UCCAACAGACUUGACUUCAUCCUCUCGGUCUUCGAAGCACAUUGUGCGCUAUGACUUAACCUCGCGUACAACAUUGAACGAAUGCUGUAAAAAUUGGGCUGAAAAGUAUGAGUUCUGGAAUAAUAACAUAUUUAUGUUGUCGAACACUGUUGUGAGACAUUCGUUGAGAAAACGGGCCUACCAUUUGUAUUUCUAUUCUUGGAACACUCAGAAGCUACUGAGUUGAAACAUUGUUUCCAGUAGACCAAGUCACGCUCCUGAUUAUUGAGUAGAGCUCUGCUUGUUCAGUGUGUGUGUGGGGAGCAGUGAGGAUGACUGAGUACAAGUUGGUGGUGGUGGGGGCUGGAGGUGUGGGGAAGAGUGCACUCACCAUCCAGCUCAUCCAGAACCACUUUGUGGAUGAAUACGACCCCACCAUAGAGGACUCAUACAGGAAGCAGGUGGUGAUUGAUGGGGAGACAUGUCUGCUGGACAUCCUGGACACUGCAGGUCAGGAGGAGUACAGCGCUAUGAGGGACCAGUACAUGAGGACAGGGGAGGGCUUCCUCUGUGUCUUCGCCAUCAACAACACCAAGUCCUUUGAGGACAUCCACCAGUACAGGGAACAGAUCAAGCGUGUGAAAGACUCUGACGACGUGCCCAUGGUCCUGGUGGGUAAUAAAUGUGACCUCCCAUCGCGUACCGUGGACACGCGGCAAGCACAGGAACUGGCCCGCAGCUACGGAAUUCCCUACAUCGAGACCUCUGCCAAGACACGACAGGGGGUAGAGGACGCCUUCUACACGCUAGUGAGAGAGAUCAGGCAGCACAAGCUGAGGAAGCUCAACCCUCCGGACGAGAGUGGACAGGACUGCAUGAGCUGCCGCUGUGUGGUGUCAUGAUGGAGGUUACCAGUUCGGGGUGAGGAGUGGACCUAGUGGCAGAAUGGACUUAAAGAAUGAUGGUGGAGGAUGAAACAACAACUAACGUUGAAACUGGAGUACAGUCUAAGAAAAGCAGACCAGGCUGACUGUACCAUAGACAUUUGGGAGAGGGGGAUCUUGCCCCUGCCAGGCCAGGCCAUACCAGGCUAGACUAGGCUGUCUGUUCCCUCUUUGAGUCCAUCUGCCAGAGCAACACCACUAAUGACUGUUUCUCACCAGUGAUCAUGCUGGGCAGCUCCAAUGAGUUCCUGCUAAGUUAUUGUUUUACAGUCUCAACACUGGUCUUAAAGGGGGGCGUCACCAAUCCAAUCCCUGGUGAGUCCCCUUCACCAACACCUCAAAACCCUGAUUUUACAUUUGACCCCCUGGAAAGACUGGACAGUAGUAGCCUAAAUCCCCAUCCCUAAUUUAACCUCCCCUAGCCUCCUUGUUCCUCUCUAGAGGGGCUCUGCAGUAACCUCAUUAUUACGGAUACAAGUAUGGGGAUGGAGCAUGACAAAAGACACGCCAGAUAGGAUUUCUUUUUUUACGGUUAGUCUAGCUGUCAAACCUAACUUUCUUUUUUUUACAGUUAGUCUAGCUGUCAAACCUAACUUUCUUUUUUUUACAGUUAGUCUAGCUGUCAAACCUAACUUUCUUUUUUUUACGGUUAGUCUAGCUGUCAAACCGAACUUUCUUUUGUUUUUUAACAGACUUUUUUGUGAUCGAAGGUUUUGAAGGUGAUCAUACUCGGCACUAUAAAGUAAGCCAGGAUGUUUAUUUUGUGUGAUGGGCUGUUGCUAUUUUAAGACCUGUCACCGUGAGGAAGUCCUUAUUCGGGGCCCUUACGUGGGCAUGGCUGUGGAUCAGACCGAUGGAUGGACUCAUUUUCCCAGAGUGCCAUUGCCUUCCCCCACAGAAGUCUGUGUGCGCACAUGUCAGUGUGCUAAAGAGUUCUCUUCGUGGAGUAAUAUAGUACUAGAUAUUGUAGGUUCUGGUGCAAUAGGAAUGUUUACUGUCUUACUAGGUUUAAGAAUUGGGAAUAAACCAUCUCUCAUCCCUAUUUAUUAUUUGCUUGUAUUUCUUGGGUGGAGAAGGGAGGGGUACAUGAGUGAUGUUUUACUUGCUGUUGCCUUCAAGGUUUGGCUGAAUGAUAGUUGGAAGGAUGAGAGACUAACGUCAUUCCUUGGUCCAUGCAGUGCCAUUAUUUACCAUGGGAUGGUUAUGUAGUGAAAGAUUAUUCUUGCACAGCCUUUCAGGGAAGUGGAACAAAAUACCCUUUGAGAUUGUGCUAUUUUAAGACACUGGUGGCAUCCAUUUAUUUCCUAUUCCUUUGCUUAGACAACAGUAUGUUGUUUAGUAUAGUUUUUGACAUUUCUAGAUUGCAAGUAUCGGUCCUCACUGUGUUUUUAAGGCUCAGGAAACGGGAAUGUCUAGAAAUGUCUCGCCUUUAUCUUAUGUUCCAGGAUGAAAUCUGUGAAAUUGAAAUUCUAAUGCACAAGACCUGCCUUAAAUUACUGGUAAUAUGUGGGAUAAAACUGUUUUGGCCUCAUAAAAUAACCUUCUCUCUCAUUCUACUCGCUACUGCCUCCUCAGUUGGAUCUUUGGUUCCCUGAGAAGAUAAUUUAAUUCAAGCUGGUCAUGUACGAGCCAACUUCAUUUGCAAGAAAAGUCAGAGGAAAAUGUUCUUCACUUUAGGAGUUCGCUUGUGAUAUUUCUCAAUUACAUUUGAAUCAUUUAGCAGACGCUCUUAUCCAGAUAUGUCUGGAUAUUGAAUGGUGUAGAUAGACCUACCUUUUGCGCUCUCUACAACACUAACCGCAGCAUAGGGCUGCCAAUACAAAUGAACACUGCUUGGUCCUGUUUAACUUGCCUUACUAUUUGUUAGCUAGUACUUCAUGCCUUAGAGUAGUAAGUUUGCCUGAAGCAGGUGUUUGUGGUAGUCUGUCUGCUUUCCUCUGUGGAUAACUGUUGUGAAUCACUGGUGGUGAUUUGGAGAUCUCCUCCUUCUGGGAUUUGUUUAUCUUUCCCUUGACUAACAGACAUGAGGAAAAACGAACUCUGAAACAGUCCAACCAGAUGAGAUUCUGUACAGCAUGCCCCGUCUGAUUAGCAUGCCCCGUCUGUACGGCGUGCCCCGUCUGUACGGCGUGCCCCGUCUGUACGGCGUGCCCCGUCUGUACGGCGUGCCCCGUCUGUACGGCGUGCCCCGUCUGAUUAGCUAAUGGUUUUUGUGUGUGUUAGUCCAAACUAAGUUUGCCAUAAUUAAUCUUAAUUCAAUAAGUGUUCUUUUUACCUUAAGAGCCACUGGCUUUUUAUCUCCCCCUCCUGUUUUUGAAGGUACUUACCCCCACAGUUCAGCCACAGUGACUCAUAUACUGUAGUACAUUGUGAUGCCUCAUUAGACUUCAGUCAACACCUUGACCUCUUGUCUAGAAGAUAGACCUUAACAUUGGAAAAUAAUCACUUUAUUCUGUCGCUAGAAAUGCUUAAUUUCACUGACUUUUUGCUGCUAUCAUACAUGUGAGUGGUGCUCCUUAGUAUACGUACAGUACGCGCUCUUGUAUGUGGUUUUCCAGGAGCUGCCCCCCUCCAACAAACACUCUUCUGAAUUACCCUAUCUUACCUGAAUACAAUUAUACCAGUUGGCAUGUAAGAGAUUUUUUUGACCUGCUCCCUCCACCACAAGGGUCCUGCAGUCAGACAAUACUCCAAGAUCUCACCUUUCCUGGGUUGCUACCCUUCAUAUGUUGGACCCAGGGGAUGAAGGGGUCUGAAUAUGAAGACACUGCACACAGGCUUGACCGUUACCUCUGACAACAGCCACUAUACCUCUUCUGGCUCUGUCUGGGUGGAACACCUCUACUGUGUUGUGUGGACCACAGAUUAUAUUCUGGAGCUCUGAGGGAUUCAGGGAUGAUGUUAGUCUUGUGUGUGUUUUAUUCUCAAUUUAUUGUUGAUUUUGGGGUCUUAACUGUGAAAGUGUUUUUAACAGAAAAUAUGAUUUGUGUUGUAUUAGUAUAGGGCACUCCAUAACCAUAAAGUAAAGAUACUCUGUACCUUGAAAAAUAAAUAGCCAAUCUUAAACAAAUGUAGAUCUUUGUCCCCAUAAUGAUCUACUGUGUAAUGUUAAACAAAUCAGACCUGCUAUGUAACUUGUUUAUCAAGUAGACCUCUGGUGUUAGAUGUGAACUGUACAGUUGUCUGAACUAUAGUUGGCUGUUAUAUUCUACAUCUCACACAAUGUCCCUUGUCUGUCUAUACUCUGUGCUUUGACUGACUGGCAGUUAUGAGCACACAUCUAAAGGUAAAUGCUUAGAAAUUGGACAUCAGUUGUCAUUGAGGAAUACAAGGCCAGCAGGCCAUGUCUGAAGGGAGGGGAGACUUUUUUGGGGUCAAAAACAUGGACAUUGGGGGGGUUUCCCCAAGGACUGAAACCAAAAAUGGCUUGCUUCUCCCUUGUAAAACUGUAGUGUGAACAUGUGAGAGAGGAUGUGGGUUUGGAAGUUUGAUUGUGAAAAUAAACUAUUUAAGAUGUAUUUACUCUUUAACAAAAUGGCAAAUGUGCAGCAGGGCAGGAAUAAAGGUGUCAAGAUGAACUUA